AUUAAUAGCAGCACCCUUUAGAAUCUGUUUGGUCAUGGAUUCAUCAGGAUCUACAGUAGUAGUUAAACCAUCUCCUCCACAUUCUUCUUCUUCUCUGUUCAAUGCAAAGAAGGGUCUUACACUUAGAGCACUCAAGGUGCUGAUCCUGGUGCUAUUUCUUGGGUGGCUCAUGCUUUGGAUUGUUUUGCCAACCAACAUCUAUAAGAGUCAAUGGACACCUCAACUUAAGGCCAAGGCCAACUCCACUUAUUUUGGAGGGCAAGGCACAAAUCUUUUGGUUUUCACGUUUCCCAUUAUGCUCAUUGCUGUGCUUGGAUGUGUCUAUCUCCAUUUCCUUAAGAAAUCUGAUAAUUAUUAUAACAAGAGUUGGUCUGCAAGCCACGGCCUCUUCUCGUGGAAACGACCAUUUCUUGUGAAGCCCCCCUUGGGAAUCGUCACUGCAAUGGAGCUGGCCUUCUCCGCCAUGUUUAUUGCGCUAAUAAUCUGGUCUCUGGCCAUUUACUUACAUAUCAGCUUCGGGCACCUCCAUAUGCAUAAGACUGGGGAGAAAGUGUGGCAAGCUAAGUUCAGAAGUGUAUCUCUUAGACUUGGGUACGUGGGAAACAUUUGUUUGGCACUCCUUUUCUUUCCUGUAACUCGAGCAUCAUCCAUCUUGCCUCUACUUGGACUGACUUCCGAGUCCAGCAUCAAGUACCAUAUCUGGCUUGGCCAUCUCUCUAUGAUCCUUUUUACCGCACAUAGUAUAGGUUUCAUCAUCUACUGGGUUAUAACAAACCAGAUGUCUGAGAUGCUAGAAUGGAGUAGUACUUGGGUGUCUAAUAUUGCUGGAGAGAUUGCUUUCGUAAUUGCAUUGGCAAUGUGGGCAACCAGCAUUCCCCGCAUAAGGAGAAAGAUGUACGAGAUGUUCUUGUACGCCCAUCACCUAUACACACUAUAUCUCUUCUUCUAUGUCUUGCAUGUGGGAAUCCCUUACUUCUGCACAAUCCUUCCUGGUGUCUAUCUUUUCUUAAUUGAUCGAUAUUUGCGAUUCUUACAAUCACGACGAAGAGUUCGGCUUGUUUCUGCACGUCUUCUACCUUGUGAAGCCAUUGAAUUGAACUUCUCCAAGAAUCCAGAAUUAAGCUACACUCCAACUAGUAUCGUGUUCAUCAACGUCCCAUCCAUUUCUAAGCUUCAGUGGCAUCCUUUCACCGUCAUCUCUAAUUCAAACAUGGAGCCUGAGAAGCUAAGCAUCCUCGUCAAAGGUGUUGGAGGCUGGUCCCAGGAACUUUAUCAAACUCUUUCUUCCCCUUCCUCUCUAGACCAACUGGAAGUCUCCAUGGAAGGACCCUAUGGGCCUGCUUCAUCUCACUUUCUAAGGCAUGAGUUGGUUGUGAUGGUGAGUGGAGGAAGCGGCAUUACUCCGUUCAUCUCUAUAAUUCGAGAGAUAAUAUUUAGAAGUACCAUGAUUGAUUGCCAGCAGAUUAUUCCACGGAUGCUCCUCAUAUGCGCCUUCAAGAACUCUUCUGAUCUCACCAUGCUAAACCUUCUCAUCCCAAUCUUUGGUGCCCCUUCUGAUACCUCACGUAUACAGCUUCAGAUAGAGGCCUAUGUCACCAGAGAGAAAGAGCCGUCCAACACUUGCGAAAACCAGCAGAAGCUCAUCCGGACCAUUUGGUUCAAGCCCAAUUCAUCAGAUGCACCCAUGUCUUCAAUUCUAGGACCAAACACUUGGCUCUGGCUUGGCGCUAUAAUCUCAUCUUCUUUUGUGAUGUUUCUCCUUUUCUUGGGUUUACUUACCCGUUACUACAUUUAUCCAAUCGAUCACAAUACUGACGUUAUUUACCAUUUUUCUGGGAGAGCUCUUUGGGACAUGUUCUUUAUAUGUAUCUGCAUUGUGGUAGUGGCCAGUGCCGUGGUUCUCUGGCAAAAGCAUGAGAAUGCCAAGGAAGGGAGACAAAUACAAAAUGUGAAUGUGCCAACACCAAUGACAUCUCCAGGGUUCCAUGAUGACUCUAAUCGAGAGCUUGAGAGUCUCCCCCACCAGUCCCUUCUUCCUGCUACCAAGGUGCACCUAGGAGCAAGACCUGAUCUCAAGAAUAUACUAUUUGAGCGUAAAGAAUCAAGUGUUGGAGUUCUAGUUUGUGGCCCAAAGAAGAUGAGACAUGAGGUUGCAAAAAUCUGUUCAUGUGGUUUGGUGGAGAACCUACAUUUUGAGUCCAUUAGCUUUAACUGGGGUCGCUAUGAAGUUCUACGGCCUUGGUCGCAGAGCUUGAUAGCAAUAUAUAGAGAGAACAUGACGAAAGGAGAAGGGAUGAUGAAGGCCGUCCGAGCAGCGUUAAUGUUGUUCAUCUUGGUUAUCUCACUUGGGUUUCUCAUAAUCUGGAUCAUGAUGCCCACCUCUACGUAUAAGCAGAAAUGGUUGCCCAGUAUCCGAGCAAAGGCCAAUUCUACGUACUUCGGAGUCCAAGGAGCAACACUACUGGUCUACACAUUUCCUGUCCUUUCCAUUGCUGUUUUGGGCUGUUUUUAUCUCCAUUUGGGGAAGAAAUAUGGUGAUCAUCAGUACAUCCAAAGAAACCCGGCUGAAAGUAGUCGGUUGGCCCUAUGGAAGCGGCCUGUUCUAGUGAAAGGUCCCUUAGGGAUUGUUACAGGGAUAGAGCUAGCCUUCUUCGCCAUGUUCAUUGCACUCUUGGUCUGGUCUUUCUCCACAUAUUUGCACGUCAGCUUCGCAAAGCUUACUCCACAGGCUGCCGAAAAGAAGGGGGAGCACCUGUGGCAAGCUAAGUUGGACAGUGCAGCUUUAAGGCUAGGCCUGGUUGGCAACGUAUGUCUUGCCUUUCUCUUUUUCCCUGUGACUCGAGGUUCCUCAGUGUUACCACUUCUGGGUCUCACAUCGGAAUCGAGCAUCAAAUACCAUAUCUGGCUGGGACAUAUGGUCAUGACCCUCUUCACCUCUCAUGGCUUAUGUUACAUCAUAUUUUGGGCCACAACCCAUCAAAUUUCGGAGAUGCUAAAAUGGGAUAAGAUUGGGGUAUCUAAUGUGGCUGGAGAAUUGGCAUUGGUCUGUGGAUUAGCCAUGUGGGUCACCAGUUUACCUCGCAUUAGGCGAAAUAUGUUUGAGCUCUUCUUCUGUACCCAUUACCUCUACACUCUCUUCUUCUUCUUCUUCGUACUACAUGUAGGGAUCUCCUAUGCUUGCAUAAUGCUUCCUGGUUUCUAUCUCUUCUUGGUGGAUCGUUACUUGCGAUUCUUGCAAUCAAGGCAAAGAGCUCGGUUGGUUUCAGCUCGUCUUCUACCCUGUGAAGCUGUUGAACUGACUUUCAAGAAGAGCCCAGGUCUGAGUUACAACCCCACAAGUACCGUCUUCAUCAACGUGCCAUCCAUUUCCAAGCUACAGUGGCACCCUUUCACCAUAAGCUCCAACAGUAAUAUGGAUCCAGAGAAGCUAACUCUUGUCGUCAAAGGCGGUGGGAAUUGGUCCCAAAAGCUUUACCAGACACUUUCAUCUCCUUCAUCUAUGGACCGUCUUGAAGUCUCUAUUGAAGGACCCUAUGGACCUGCUUGUACUCAUUUUCUGAGGCACGACAUGCUUGUGAUGGUAAGCGGAGGAAGUGGCAUCACUCCUUUCAUUUCUAUUAUUCGAGAGAUCAUCUUUCGGAGCAUUACGCACAGCGGCAACACGCCGCGAGUUUUCCUCAUUUGUGCCUUCAGAAGCUCUGCAGAUCUCACCAUGCUAGACCUCCUUCUCCCUGUAUCCAGCACCCCCUUUGAUAUUUCCCGUGUGCAACUACAGAUCGAGGCCUAUGUAACAAGAGAGAAAGAGCCAAAAGCUGAGAACCAGAAGCCCCUACCAACCAUCUGGUUCAAGCCCAAUGCAGCUGACGCACCCAUAUCUGGAAUUCUUGGCCCAAAUAGCUGGCUUUGGCUUUCCAUGAUAAUCUCAUCUUCUUUCAUAAUUUUUCUUCUUCUACUUGGUAUCCUCAACCGUUAUUGCAUAUACCCUAUUGAUCACAAUACCAACAAGAUCUACCCCUUCUCCUCAAGAGCUCUUCUAAACAUGUUAUUCAUAUUUGCCUGCAUAGCCAUUACAGCCGGUGCAGCUGUUCACUGGAGCAAGAAACAAAAUGCCAUGGAAACUAAGCAAAUCCAAAACAUAGAUUGCCCAACACCAAUUACAUCACCACGAUCAUGGUUCCACAACGCUGAUCGAGAGCUAGAAAGCUUUCCCCACCAAUCCCUCCUCCAAGUGACCAAGGUCCACUAUGGUCGAAGACCUGAUCUUAAGAGAUUUCUAUUUGAGAGCGAAGGAUCAAGCGUUGGAGUUCUUGCUUGUGGCCCAAAGAAAAUGCGACAUGAGGUUGCAACCAUAUGUUCAUCUGGUUUGGUAGAUAACCUCUAUUUCGAAUCUAUCAGCUUUAGCUGGUGAUACACCGUAUACCAUCUCAAAUAAAAAGAAGACCACGGCUCAUCUUUUGUUGCAGGUUUCUUUUUCCUUGUCCCUUUCUUCUUACAAGUAUGGUUUGUUGUUGAAUGUUAAUUACCUCAAAAUGUAAACAAACUCGGGAGAAUUUUCUUCCUUUGAAUGCAUAACAUCUGUUCAUAGUUA